UAGGUUAACGAAACGAAAGUAAAAGACUAAAAUUCAAGGCAAAAACAGGAAAUAUAAUUUUUGCAUCUAAUCUUAAAUUGGAUAGGAAAACAAAAGAAACCCCACACUCUCCCAUCCUUCUCUGGUUAGUCAAACACACACUCCAAUUUCACACCAAUUCAUCUUCAUGAUUCAAUUCGAGCACGCUUUCCUCCAUGUUCAUUUGUCAGAUUCCGCGCAGAAGAAGGAAAAAAACUCCCCCUUCUAGAAUGCCUCUCUCUAUUCCCUUCUGAUGCACCGUGUUUGCCUCUCUUAGAUCUGUUUGUGGCUGUGCUCGCUCCACCGCCUCAGCCACUGCCCACGAGGUUAGAUCGCAACAUUUCUCCGCCAAAACCGCCUUCCCUUUGCCGCUGUUUGAAUUUUUUACUCACACCCACUUUGCAAGACGCUCUUUUUAUGUCACUUUUGCUCCAAACGGAAAAUGGGUCGCAUCGCUUUCAGCCUCCGAGUUUGACGAUGACGGUGCAUGGUGGUGACUUGUGUAGCCAUGGGGUUGUUAAUAAUUAGGGGUAUGUUAGGUUUUCGACUGGUUUGUAUUUGUAUCUGGUAAUGGUGCUUGGGUUCGGAAGCCUUGUGUUGGCAUCUCUGUGUCAGGGGUGUUUGCAUUUGUUGCAAUAAUGGGCAACGGCACUUCUCGUGUUGUUGGCUGUUUGGUGCCGUUUAAUGUCAAAAGUGGGGUUGAUUUGGAGUUUCUAGAGCCUUUAGAUGAAGGGUUAGGCCACUCUUUCUGCUAUGUGAGGCCAUCUAUUUUUGAAUCUCCUGCCAUUACCCCAUCAAACUCUGAGAGGUUUACUGUUGAUUCUAGCACCCUUGAUUCCGAGACAUUGAGUGGGUCGUUUAGGCAUGAGAGCAUUGAAGAGAGGCCUGGUAAGAAUGUUCCGGAAACCACGUUCAAAACGAUAUCAGGGGCUUCGGUUAGUGCCAAUGUUUCCACUGCCAGGACUGGUAACCAGAAUGCACUGCUUGCUAGUGAUGUCUUGGAGCCUGCUGCAUCAUUUGAGGGAACCUCUUCGUUUGCUGCAAUCCCUUUGCAGCCUGUUCCCCGUGGUUCUGGACCGCUGAAUGGUUUCAUGUCGGGACCUCUGGAGAGAUUUUCCUCCGGUCCUUUGGAUAAGGGUGGUGGUUUCAUGUCUGGGCCAAUUGAGAAGGGAGUUAUGUCAGGUCCUCUUGAUGCCACUGACAAGUCCAACUUUUCAGCGCCGCUUGCACGCAGCCGCCGAAGGCCGCACCUCCAACGCCUCAUGAGAAGUGUCAGUGGUCCUAUGAGAAACACUUUUUCUCGGACUUUUUCGAAGCACUCCGUGGGUGGCAGUUGGGUGCAGCGGCUAUUCCUCCAUCCAGUGUCUCAACUGGCUUGGAAUGCCAAAGAGGUGAAGUUUCGAUCUGAAGUUUCUAGAAACUGUGCUGAAGUUGGAUCGUCCGAAUUGGAGUAUACACAUACACAAAAUUUGCAGUGGGCUCAUGGUAAGGCUGGUGAAGAUAGGGUCCAUGUUGUGCUUUCUGAAGAACAAGGGUGGUUGUUUAUCGGCAUAUAUGAUGGUUUCAGUGGACCAGAUGCACCUGAUUUUCUGAUGAGUCAUCUUUAUAAGUUUAUAGACAAGGAAUUAGAAGGGUUGCUCUGGGAUUAUGAGGAUAAUUCUGUUGAUCCACCUAAAUCUGAUGUCCUUAAAAAUGGAAAUGAUGUAAUUGCUCUAGAAUGUGGUAGGGAGGAAAUGUCAGAUGCUCUUACCAUUUCUAAUGAAGAAAGUUCUUGCUGUUUAGAAACUUCUUGUCCAGUAAUGGUCAAGGAUCAAUCAUCUAAUAGUGAGAUAGUGGAAGUAAAUGUUGAACAGAAAAAUUGUGGAAGUCCCAGUAUUGUUCAUACUGUUCCUGCAUCUGUUCCAAUUGGACAAUUGAGUGGUCAAGGCAGAAGGAGUGUGCGACUUUAUGAGCUACUUCAGAUGGAAUCUUGGAAUGAACAGGUGACCGAACAAGGCAAGGACUCUGUAGUUUCUGGGGAAAUAACACAAGGGAAGCAGAUGAGAUUCUGGUCACCUGAUGGUAAAGAGGAUAGAUCUAGACAUCAGGAUGAAGGUCCCACUACUUCAGGGGAAAAUGGAGGUUCUGGGUUUAAUUCGACCAACCAGGAGCCAAUAGCUCCUCUUUCUGUUUCAGGACAAAGGCAGAAUACAAGAAAGUCAUUUAUUGCUACAAAAAUCAGAAAAAUGUACAGGAAGCAGAAGUCCUUACGAAAGAAACUUUUUCCCUGGAGUUAUGACUGGCAUAGGGAGGAAACUUGUGUUGACAAGAAAUUAGUGGAAUCCUCAGGACCCAUUAGAAUAUGCAAAUCUGGAGUAGAUCAUAAUGCAGUUUUAAGAGCAAUGUCUCAGGCUCUUGAAAGAACAGAAGAGGCAUACAUGAAAAUGGUGGAGAAUAAUCUGGACAAAAAUCCAGAGCUUGCCUUAAUGGGAUCAUGUGUUUUAGUGAUGUUGAUGAAGGAUCAAGAUGUUUAUGUUAUGAACCUUGGAGAUAGUCGUGUAAUUUUGGCUCAAGAACGGCCAAAUGAUCGUCAUCCUAAUCCAUGUCUCAUCAAAGAUGACAUGAGGCAUAGGAACCGAUCUAGAGAGUCAUUAGUGGGCAUGGAGUUGGAUAGAAUUUCAGAGGAGUCCCCAGUGCACACAAUAAAUAAGCAUGUUCACAAGAUAAACAAAAACAGAGAGAUAAGCAUGUGCAGAUUGAAAAUGAGGGCUGUUCAGCUUUCCACAGAUCACAGCACAAGUAUCGAAGAGGAAGUUUUUAGAAUAAGAGAAGAACACCCUGAUGAUAAUCAGGCCAUAUUUAAUGAUCGAGUGAAAGGACAAUUAAAAGUUACCAGAGCAUUUGGUGCUGGAUUCCUGAAGAGGCCAUCUUUUAAUGAACCGCUUCUGAAGAUGUUUCGAGUUGAUUAUGUGGGCAAUGCUCCUUAUCUAAGUUGCACAUCUUCUGUUCUUCAUCAUCGACUUUCCUCAAGUGAUCGGUUCCUGGUGCUCUCCUCUGAUGGGCUUUACCAAUAUUUCAGCAAUGAAGAGGUAGUUGCCCAUGUCACGUGGUUCAUGGAAAAUGUUCCCGAAGGUGAUCCUGCUCAAUACCUUAUUGCAGAGCUUCUCUUCCGUGCGGCUAAAAAGAAUGGAAUGGAUUUUCAUGAAUUGCUAGAUAUUCCUCACGGAGAUCGGCGUAAAUAUCAUGAUGAUGUUUCUGUUAUGGUGGUUUCGUUGGAGGGAAGGAUUUGGAGAUCAUCGGGAUAAUUUAUUUAUUUCAAAUGACUCUUUAAUUUUUGCCUAGCUGUCUUCAAAUUUGCAUGUUGCCUUCAUAAUGUAACAAUUUUGGCCUACAAGUAAAAUGAUUUUAGAAAUCAAAAUUAGGCUCUCAAAUAUUUUGAAAUGGAAGUUCUUUUUUUUCUUC